GAACAUGCGCCAUAGUACAUGCAAUUUAGAAACUUUUAUGACGAUAGCGAAAUCAGAGUUGUCCCGUAUCUACUUUACACCGGCGUGAAUUUCCACACAUACGAUAUUUAUCUCAACUUACAAUGUCCAGAGUAGAAGAAGUCGAAGAAGUAGAUCAAUUGGACAGCGGCAUGGGUAGUAGCGACGCACAUUCUCCCGAGGUGAAAUCGCUUCUUCCUGAUGACGAGGACGACGAAGAGGAUGAAAGUUUGGCAGAAAGAUUAUUGGGUCUCACGGAAAUGUUUCCGGAAGAAGUACGUAAUUUGGGAUAUAAUGUCGGUACUUGUUUAUGCAAUUGUAUGAAAGGAUUAUAUGCAUAUUCAUGUUCAGCAGCAUGGAUAUUCUUCAGUUCAUCUGCUAUUUUAUUUGCACCUAUAUUGUUCGAAAUAGAACGAGUACAAAUGGAAGAGGCACAACGCACGCAACAGAAACAAGUUUUGUUGGGACCUAGCAAAGCCAUGUCAAGCGUAAAUGCUUCGAGUCUUCCAAUGGCUCCACCAGUUCAGCAAUAAUAGCAAUAAUACCAUCAGCAAUGCAUUCAAAUUACCAUAAGUUGGCUGUUCCGUUCACUGUUUAUAUUUAUAUUAGUAUAAUAGCUUCAAUUUAUUCUAAUAUCUCACUGGCAUCUACAUCCAUAACGUUAUCAUAUAUUAUUCGUUAUAAAAAUCUAAGCGAUACAUAGAAGAACGAAACAAAUUAAACCAAAUUUAAAAAUAAUAUCUACUUAUUCUUGUUUUUUUUUUAUAAAUUGUACCCAUUUUAUAAAUUACAUUUUACCAUGUCAUAUUUAGCAUAGCAAUACCUAACCUUGUUAUAAAAUAGUGAAAUUGUAUUACCACUAUAUACAUAGUGCAUAUUUAUCAAUAAAACUAUUAAAUUCUCGUGUAACGUUAGCACUCGUAAGGUAUCGAAAAUGUUAUUGUAUUAUAAGACGUUGAAUAAAUGUAUAGUGAAAAAUGUU